AUGGCGACCUCCAUGAAUCAGUUUACUGUUCAAGAUUGUAAAGCUGUUCUGGAGGACUUGCUGAAAGCGUUCAAACAGCCGGAGAAUGCUGUCCGACUAGAAGAGGCCCGAGAUAAUGCUGGCAACGAUAUGUUGAAAACUAUGCAAAUUGUCUUCCCAGUUGCCACCCAGAUUGAAAUGGAGGUCAUCGAAAAGUAUGGCUUCAGAGGAGAUGGGGAUGGAAUCAUUCGAUUUACACAAGCAUUGAAACUGUAUGAACGCCAGGACCCAGAGGUUGCCCAGCUAAAUCAGUUGCUUCGAGCUGUGUUAAUGCCACCAGUCCAAGCUAACCCACCACAACCUGCAGAAAAUGGAACGAGUUAACAUGCACAUACAAAACUUUCAUUACUUUAUUAACACGCUUCAUUUUUGUUUACAAUGUAUUUUUAAUUGUAUUUAUCUUCUAUUGAUGCAAUACCACAAUACUUUUUGCAAAAAUGUUAUUACAUUACAUAGGUUACAAUCCAUUCUUGCUUAUUUUGUCUAGUCAGUCUAUUGCUAGAAAUUCAAAUGGCAUUGCCUAUUGCUGCUUUUGUUAGGGCAUAGGAGGGCAUCUCUUUGUAUGGCUGUGUUGAAUGGUUUCCAUCAGUAAAACUGAUAAUAGCUUGUGCUGUGUCAUCAAUUAGGCUCAGUGAUAUUGAAUGAGCAGGUUACUGCUAAAACACACUUUAAACAGUUUUAAAAGCAGAAUGCUGUAUUGAUAAGGAUUGACAAUUUGUACUGGUUAACCAUGCUUUUAAGUGACCACUAGUAGGUUUUAAGCUAGAAAACAAUAUGGCCAUCAGGUUGCUAAAAUUUGUUUGAAAAUAUUUUUAGUCUUUCGACAGUUAAAAAAAAUAUGCAACAGAAUAACCGAUUGUUAAAGGUGCUAAUUAUCUGACGGAAAAAACAAAAUUGAUGAAUUUAUUAUGACAUGCAUGUCAAAUUUGAUAUCACUCUAUGUUUUUUUAUUUAGAAAAGGACCACUUAAAUUUUGCAUUAGCAAUGGGUUCCCCAGCUUCAUCAACUUGUACACCAUCAAAAUAACUUAUUAAAUGAACAUACACUGUUAACUACUGUAACCAUUGUAACUUAUUGUAAUGAAAAACAAGACUGAAAAGGAACAGGUUGUCAUAAUAGGAAUGGAUUGUUCAUUUUCACUAUGGUGACUCCACAUAAUUAAGCAUCGUUUAAUUAUUUGUUAGGACAAAGUGUUUGUUGUUUUUUUAUUACUGUUUUAUCACUACCAUGACAGUGUUUGAUAAAAGUGUGUUAUCAUUGUUAGUUGAAUUAUGAGCCGUCUUCUUUUCUUUCUUGUAUCUUUUAUAAAAAGAUUAUUAUUGUGGAUAAUAAUAAGAUUAACACCGAGGUGUUGUUUAUAUUAUUAUUUUGCUCUAUCAGUGUUGGCAUCUAGGUUUAGGUUAAGAUACAAAAUAUGUUCAGUAAUAUUAUCUAUUUUACUUUUUAUUUUUAAAGAGACUGUCACGGUUUUGCUGUUAUUGUUAAAAUGUUACUGACUAAUGGAGCUGUUUUUUUGCAAAAAUAAUAAAUGUUAAAUAUAUUUGUUUUAUUCAGAAUAUCAGCGUUUGUGAAUAACAGUAGUUCAAAUUUCAUUUUAUUUCCAAAUAUACAUUUGUUCAUAUGUACGAAAUUACUGGGAGGGAAAAUCCAGUUUGGGCAACUACGAUCAUUAGGAUGACCUGAGACACAUUUGAAAAUAAAGACAUUGAUAUUUUAAACAAUAAAAUGUGUUUAGAUAUGCAAAUAUAUUUGUAAAAAAGCUCCAGUAAGCAGAAAUAUGCUACAAUGAUAGCAAACUUAGGAUAGUGCCUUUAAGACUAUCGGCAAACUAUCAGUUUAAAAAAAAUAAAAAUAAAUUAUAUGCUGUU